AUGAGUACUCAAACUUUCAACUCGUCCGAGCAGGUAUUAUUAUUUUCGCUUUGUUUUGGUCAAGAAGAUCCUUUCAAUAAUAUCCAAUGCACCAACAGUCUACGCGGUCUAGGAGAACAAACAAAAAUAGAAGAAUCAGUGCAAGAAAAUCUUAAUCUAAAUCUUGAUCAAGAUGUUAUAAAGAUCACUCUUCCCGCUAGUCAACUCAGUAACGUUAACACGUGUGAAGCAAUACACAACAUAUACGACGCUGAAAUAAUUGGAAAUGAUCUCUUUAUCAUGCUUGAUGGAGUAUAUAAAGAAGAAAUUCAUCGUAGACUAUGCAAUUCCUUUGAGGCACAAGCUCCGCACUUGUGUAUGUAUAUUAAUACAAUAUGUAUGGUUGGUGGGCAUCAGCUUCGUCCAGACGUUGGUGUAUGGUUCCAAACGCCAACUCACCUACAAAAAAGAUCACCUGUAAUUUAUCGGUGCCCCCCGCCGGAUGUUUGGAUUGAGGUGUAUUAUAAUCGUAAUCCAGAUCGAUCCCAUGCGGUAGAUAAGAUCGAUCUUGUCCAUACAAUUCACCCAAAUAUUGAGUUUUUGGGAAUCGCUCUUCCUUUUUCAGAAGUGCCUUUUCAUUUACCUCCAGAUCAGAGGCCCGGCAAUACAGCCCAUGCAAAUGUUGCACUUACACAACCUUCCAGAGCACCAUAUAUGGUUCAUUGGGAUAUAAACCAUAACCCGAUCUAUUACAGAAUGGACUGGGAUCGUCAUAUUACACUUAGAUGUGGUUUCAUUGUUGACUUCAAUAUGGUGCUUAAUGAAUUGUGUUAA